AGACAGGACAGAUGCUGGGACUCCAGCCGCAGCACAGCGCAGCGCGGUGAUCUGGGCCUUAAUCUAACACCAGGGACUCGCCGCUGGAAAGGGGCUCGGCGCCCGGAGGGGACUACAGGCAAUGACUCAGGAUGCAACCAGCAGCCACAACGUGCACCGAGGACCGCAUCCAGCAUGCCCUGGAGCGAUGCCUGCAUGGACUGAGCCUCGGACGCCGUUCUGCACCCUGGUCAGCUGGGCUGUGUCUGAACUGCUGGAGCCUACAGGAGCUGGUCAGCAGGGACCCGGGCCACUUCCUCAUCCUCCUGGAACAGAUCCUACAGAAGACCCGAGAGGUCCAAGAGAAAGGCACCUAUGACCUCCUCGCCCCACUGGCUCUGCUCUUCUACUCCACCGUCCUCUGUACACCACAUUUCCCACCGGAUUCAGACCUCCUUCUGAAGGCAGCCAGCACCUACCACUGCUUCCUGACCUGGCCAGUUCCCUACUGCAGCAUUUGCCAGGAGCUGCUCACCUUCAUUGACGCCGAGCUCAAGGCUCCAGGGAUCUCCUACCAACGGCUGGUGAGGGCUGAGCAGGGCCUGCCCAUCAGGAGCCACCGAAGUUCCACUGUCACGGUGCUGUUGCUGAACCCGGUUGAGGUGCAGGCUGAAUUCCUCGCUGUGGCGGACAAGCUGAGUGCACCUGGACAGUCACCACACGGCGCCUACGUCACCCUGCUCCUGCAUGCUUUCCAGGCCACAUUUGGGACCCACUGUGACCUUCCGAGCCUGCACCACAAACUGCAGUCUAAGACACUAGAAGAGCUUGAGGACAUCUUCACCGAGACUACGGAAGCCCAGGAGCUGGCAUCUGGCAUUGGGGACGCAGCAGAGGCCCGACGGUGGCUCCGGACUAAGCUGAAGGCAGUGGGAGAAAAAGCUGGCUUCCCUGGCAUCUUAGACACUGCAAACCCUGGAAAACUCCACACGAUCCCCAUCCCUGUCGCCAGGUGCUACACCUACAGUUGGAACCAGGACAGCUUUGACAUCCUACAGGAAGUCCUUCUCAAGGAGCAGGAACUGCUGCAGCCGGGGAUCCUGGGAGAUGAUGAAGAGGAGGAAGAGGAGGACUUGGAGAUCGACAGGCCCUGUGCUGAGAGGGACUCUCUACUCUCCGGCAGUUCUCUGGUGUCUCAUGACUCCGCUCUGUUGCUGACCUCCUCUCAGGCCUCAGGGCCAGUGCUAUCCCGCCAGGUGCUGACCACCUUUGUCUCAGGCCUCUCGGAUGGCGUGGACAGUGGCUACGUGGAGGACCCUGAGGAAAUCUCCUCAGAGUGGCCCAAGAAGACUGGUAGCCAGCAACGCCAGGGUCACCGCAGACCCGGCCGUAAGUUCAACAGGAUCUAUAAACUCUUAAAGAGCACCAGCCAGCUGGUCCUGCGGAGGGACUCUCGGAGCCUGGAGUGCAGCUCAGACCCAACCCUGCCCCUGCGGCGGGCAGGAAGCCUCUGCAGCCCCUUGGACUGUCCAGCCCAGUUCCCCUCCAGGGCCCAGCGCUCCCGCUCCCUACCCCAGCCCAAGCUCAGCACCCAACUACCCAGCUGGCUUCAGGCCCCACCCUCACACCACCAGCGCCGCCGCCCCUUCCUCAGUGGGGAUGAGGACCCCAAGGCUUCCACACUACGGGUUGUGGUCUUUGGUUCUGAUCGAAUUUCAGGGAAGGUGGCUCGGGCUUACAGCAAGCUCAGGAGGCUGGAGAACAGUCACCCGCUCCUCACACGGUUCUUCAAGCUUCAGUUCUUCUAUGUGCCUGUGAAGCGCAGCCACGGAACAAGCUCUGGUACCUGCCCAUCCUCUCUGAGCCAGACAUCUCCACCCCCUGCAGACUCCUUGAAGCACCCCAGCCCUGCAGAGCUCAGCAUGACCCCGUGGGAGGACAGUACUAAUGACAUCUCUCACUACCUCGGUGUGCUUGACCCCUGGUAUGAACGCAAUGUGCUGGGCCUCAUGUACCUGCCACCUGAGGUCCUUUGCCAGCAGUCCCUGAAGACAGAAGCCCGGCCCCUGGAGGGCGUGGCCACCCAGUUGCCCAUCCUGGCUGACAUGUUGCUCUACUACUGCCGCUUUGCGGCCCGCCCGGUGUUGCUGCAGGUCUAUCAGACAGAGCUGACUUUCGUCACUGGAGAGAAGACUACGGAGAUCUUCAUUCAGUCUCUGGAACUGGGUCACUCUGCGGCCACACGUGCUAUCAAGGCUUCAGGUCCAGGCAGCAAGCGGCUGGGCAUUGAUGAUGACCGGGAAGCUGUUCCUUUAACACUACAGAUUAUCUACAGCAAGGGAGCCAUCAGUGGGCGAAGCCGCUGGAGCAACCUAGAGAAGGUCUGUACCUCUGUCAACCUCAACAAGGCCUGCCGGAAGCCAGAGGAGCUAGACCCCAGCAUGGAGGCGCUGACGCUAACCCUGACGGAAGUGCUAAAAAGGCAGAACCCUAAAUCCAAAAAGGGCUUUAACCAGAUCAGUACAUCCCACAUCAAAGUGGACAAGGUGCAGAUUAUCGGCUCCAGCAGCUGCCCCUUUGCAGUGUGCCUAGACCAGGAUGAGAGAAAGAUCCUACAGAGUGUGGUCAGGUGUGAAGUGUCACCCUGCUACAAGCCGGAGAAGAGCAGCCUGCCACCCCAGAGGCCCUUCAACCAGCCAGCACAGGCUGGUCCUGACCUGUGCUCCCUUCUCUGCCUCCCCAUCAUGACUUUCAGUGGAGCUCUGCCCUAGUGCAAUUAGGAACCAGGCUGGAAAGGACCGUGCACAGUUUCUCCUGGACCACUCUCGGGGCAUCUGCCCUCUGUGGAGAACCAAAUUGUCCUGGGCAGCGUUGGGAUUGCUCUGUAGGCCUGCAUGGCCAGGGACAUGUGGCCAGUUGUAUCUGGAGCCUCCAAGAUCUGAUGAGGAAACCGACAUUAGAGAAAGAAAGGCCGGGCUGCCUAGCCUUACAGAUUUCUCUGAGCAGAGGGAGAGGGAUGGGCCAGUGGCCCUGAGGAAAGGUGUUAGCCUUGGACUGGUUUAGGCCUCCUUUCCAAGUCCUAGGCUGGGUGCAUCUUUGGUUUGUCCACAACUCAGGGACUCUGUCUAGAGGUCAGUCUCUCUAAGGCAUAGAUUGGAGAAAGACAGGUGAGACCUUUUUUCUGACCUCAGAUACCAUCUCCUUAUUCUACCACGCCUAUCCGGAGCACACACACUCUCUUGCUUUCUCUCCCAAGAUCCCUAGAUCCCUUGAAAAACAGCACUAAUAUGUGGUCCGUCGCUAGGACCUGGUCUGGCUUCCCUUCCAAGCCCCUUUUCCGGGUCUCAGAUGCUGGGGAGGCUGGGCAUGCUUGGUUCCUUUCUAGUUAAACGGCCAGAGGAAGUUAAUAUAUUUCUUCAAGCCUCCGGUUCCUUAGUACUGAAGGAAAAGGGAAGUAAGUCCUCAAAGGGAGCGUCCCUGAAGAACCUUACCCAGAGCCUGGCUCCCAGCAGCUGCCCAGCAAAGACUGGUGCCUGGCCCUCUGCUGCAGAUGUCCCGCCUUUGUCCUUGAGGACUCCAUGGCUUCAAAAUGGUCCUCUCCUUUGACCUUCCCCCACCUGUGGAUGAGGCAGAACCCAUGUGAGCUAAGCAGCUAGACAGGAAGGGCCACCUAGGUACGAAUCCUCCCCCACUUCCCUAGCAGAGCGGUCCCAGCACCCUGACUUCCUCUCAGUGGGAGGGCCCAUCUUCACACAGUCUCAGGACAAGAUCUCAGAGGGGUAGAGGACAGAGAGGUGAGUAUCUAACGGUAGAGACGGCACUCAUGCACGGAAAAGGACUGGCAUGCCAUAGGCCAAGAACCUGAAAUUUAAGCCUGCCGGACUGGAGGGGCUGAAAAGGCUGACAGAAUGUGGCUAGAGUAAUAAGGCAGUAGGCUAGACCAAGGCUUGGACUUGGACUUGGGCUAGCACAGGCAGGUAAGGAACCUUGGAAGCUUAACAAGUUGCACAGAGAGCCCUCCUUCCUGCCCUCCAGAACUGUUUUGCACCAAAGACCCUGGGCUCACAAAACUCCAGAGUGCUCAUGACUUGAGAGACUGUGGACAGAGCCACCGUGCUGUCAACCCUCCAUUCUAGCCGUCUGUGUUUCUGGUAGGUUCUGGAACAGUGUCCAGUCAUGUAUUUCAGUGUACUUUAACUUGCUGUGUGAGCAUGUUCUUCUAUAUGAUCAACAUGAUGUGAAUCAAUGAAUGGAAUUUAAUAUUAUUGUGAAAUAAAUUUGAUUUGUUGUAUAUUCAGUGACCUACAA